CAUACUAGCCGAGGCGGUCGUACGUGUGGGAGUUCGAAUACAUUUUGGCACAUCAAUUCGAUUGAUAAGCCACAGAUCUAAGCCAAACGAGCAACGCGUUAAGUGUGUUAAGAAGUUUCAUUCGCAGUCAAACGGAAAUUACUCAAGUCAAUAUUAAGUGAAGUUCUGUGAGCAACUACGAAGAAUCGAAGAUAAUCGAAAUAAAUACUUUGCGCAAAUAGCAACACAAAGAUGAUCGAGCGACGCAGCCAACUGGAUAAGAUAAUUAUCACAGCCAUGGACCGUUUCGUAUGGUUUGUGCUGCUGGUGGUCAUGACGCACCUGGUCACGGAAUUCACACGUGUCACCGGCUAUGCGAGAGGACAGCGACAGGAACUGGUGCUAAUCAACGAUACACUGCUGAAGCCGAUGCCCGUGCAGAAUAUGCUGCUCUAUCCGAGCCAUGAUUACGCGCAGUAUGACAGGCCUCAGUCCGCCGUGGGGGGCGGCCACAGCAUACAGCAGAAUGCCGCGCUGGUGUUUGGGGGUCUGGGCGGCGGCAGUGGAGCGACGAACGGUGCCAUUGUUGCGGGCAGCAAUGCAGCUGAAUCGAGCUUUCCGUUCUUCAGUCUACGGCCGUUAAUUGACAGCAUUUUCGACAUACCCAUAUCCACUUUGCGAGCCGUCAACACCCUGGUGGGCCGCCUCACGGGCAGCUAUCGCCAGGCCUCGGAGGGUGUGGAGAAGUCGGUAACUAUCGGAGCGGACGAGCCACUCCGGCUGCCAGCGGGUCAUCCGCCAGCGAUGCCCGGCAAUUUUCGGCUAUCCACCACGGGCAACGCUGAGCGUCAACAAAUGCGCGAGGAGCUGGCGUAGUGGCAGUACUUGACAUUUACCUUUACUUUUACGUCUACGUUUACGUUAACGUUUACAUUUAUUCGUAAUUAGUUCGUAACUCAACUUUGACCUUAGACCAAACAAAGGGCAAGGCGCACACGUUUCUCAAUGUUGUGUUUAAUGGGCAUUUCUAUGUGUUAGCUGAAAGUCUUAACUGUAUUAGUGUGAGUGUCUUUACUUGUGCAUGUGUAUGUGUGAAUGUAUGUGUUUCUUUUUUAAUGUUUAGCUCUUAGAUG